AGCCACGCGUCUCAGGCCGCGCCUCCCAAGGGUGCAGAAGAUCGACCAGGGCUCUCGGGACGCAGGGCCUGAGAGAGACAUGCGAGACACCGGUCCUGCCUCUCGCUUUACAUCCCGCCUGCCGGUGGCCAUAGAGGUGCCGACGCGGCGGAUGUGUCCUCUGGAGCAAUGGGCCACAGGCACCCGGCCGGGAGCGAGGCUGCUGAGAGCCCUGGGGUUCCAUUCCCAGCGGGCACGAGGAGCACUGGGUCGUGCACGUUUCCACUUUCUAGAAGGAGGUACCUUUAAAACAGGGCAGAAGCCUUAUGGAUUGGAUUCGACUGACCAAAAGUGGAAAGGAUCUAACGGGAUUAAAAGGCAGGUUAAUUGAAGUAACUGAAGAAGAACUUAAGAAACACAACAAAAAAGAUGAUUGUUGGAUAUGCAUAAGAGGUUUCGUUUAUAAUGUCAGCCCUUAUAUGGAGUAUCAUCCUGGUGGAGAAGAUGAACUAAUGAGAGCAGCAGGAUCAGAUGGUACUGAACUUUUUGAUCAGAUUCAUCGUUGGGUCAAUUAUGAAUCCAUGCUGAAAGAAUGCCUGGUUGGCAGAAUGGCCAUUAAACCUGCUGUUCUGAAAGACUAUCGUGAGGAGGAAAAGAAAGUCUUAAAUGGCAUGCUUCCCAAGAGCCAAGUAACAGAUACACUUGCCAAAGAAGGUCCUAGUUAUCCAAGCUAUGAUUGGUUCCAAACAGACUCUUUAGUCACCAUUGCCAUAUAUACUAAACAGAAGGAUAUCAAUUUAGACUCAAUAAUAGUUGAUCAUCAGAAUGAUUCCUUUAGAGCAGAAACAAUUAUUAAGGAUUAUUUAUAUCUUAUACAUAUUGGGCUAAGCCAUGAGGUUCAGGAAGAUUUUUCUGUGCGGGUUGUUGAGAGUGUGGGAAAAAUAGAGAUUGUUCUAAAAAAAAAAGAGAAUACUUCUUGGGACUUUCUUGGCCAUCCCCUGAAGAAUCAUAAUUCACUUAUUCCAAGGAAAGAUACAGGUUUGUACUACAGAAAGUGCCAGUUAAUUUCCAAGGAAGAUGUUACUCAUGAUAUGAGGCUUUUCUGUUUGAUGCUGCCACCAAGCACUCAUCUUCAGGUGCCCAUUGGGCAACAUGUUUACCUCAAGCUACCUAUUACAGGUACAGAAAUAGUAAAGCCAUAUACACCUGUAUCUGGUUGCUUACUCUCAGAGUUCAAGGAACCAGUUCUUCCCAACAAUAAAUACAUCUACUUUUUGGUAAAAAUCUAUCCCACUGGACUCUUCACACCAGAGCUUGAUCGUCUGCAGAUUGGAGAUUUGGUUUCUGUAAGCAGUCCUGAGGGCAAUUUUAAAAUAUCCAAGUUCCAAGAAUUAGAAGAUCUCUUUUUGUUGGCAGCUGGAACAGGCUUCACACCAAUGGUUAAAAUACUGAAUUAUGCUUUGACUGAUAUACCCAGUCUCAGGAAAGUGAAGCUGAUGUUCUUCAAUAAAACAGAGGAUGAUAUAAUUUGGAGAAGUCAACUGGAGAAAUUAGCACUUAAAGAUAAAAGACUGGAUGUUGAAUUUGUUCUCUCAGCACCUACUUCUGAAUGGAAUGGCAAACAGGGACAUAUUUCACCAGCUCUUCUUUCUGAAUUUUUGGAAGGAAAUUUGGAGAAAUCCAAAGUUCUCAUCUGCAUUUGUGGACCAGUGCCAUUUACAGAACAAGGAGUAAGGUUGCUGCAUGAUCUCAACUUUUCCAAAAAUGAGAUCCAUAGUUUUACAGCAUAAUGAAGAGCUGUCAUUGUCCUUUAUUCAACUAGUUUAUCUAAAUUUGUGAUUGCUUAGGGUUUUUUAAGAGAACAUUUUUGUACAUAAUAAAAGGUUAACUAGAAUCCAGCCUUCAGUUUCUUAAAUGAAAUCAAAUGUUCCUUCAGUAUAGAUAACUUCUUGGCUUUCUUUUGUACCAUAACUUAUUUUACUAUUGAUAUUUGACCUGGAAAGUUAAUCAUGGCAACAAAUACAUACAGGAUUCUUUGUUAUGAAUCACAAAUUUCCUUGCCAUUUAAAUUAUAUCACUGUUCUGCAGUAAGCACUUGUGUUUUAUGACAUGAUAAAGUAAAUGAUCACUUCGAUCAUGUUUCUAUGCUGUAAAAUGUCUUAUUAGCAAUACAGAUGAAAUUUUACAUUGCACUGUUAACUCAGGAAAUGAUCGUUUAUGUCCUUGUUAUUAAUGUUAAAACAUAGAAUGUUAUAACUUAUUAAGUGAUCCAAACAUUUUUUUGUGUGUGUAUGGCAUUGAUGCAGAAUAGAAUAAAAUUAUACGUAAGUUCUUUUUAA